CCUUGCGAGACAGUCGCGCUGAUUUCAGGCGGAUCACUCCUGUCCUAACGAGUGUCCCAUUCUCUGCUCACUGCCUCCCUUCAUUCAAACACCAGCAAGGUUGGAUACACGUUAAAAGGAGCUGCUUUCCCGGGGCGACCAGUAUAUAUAUAUUUUUGUGGACCAGUACUUACUCUGCUGUCAAUGGGACCCUCCGUCGUGAUCCUUUUUUCUUUAUACAGCGUUCUCAUUGGGCAACCCAUAGAGCAGAGGUCAGUGGAGGAUUGCUGUAAGGAUGGAAAGGAGCGGGGUCAACAGAAACAGGACUGCACAGCUCUCCCCCUGAUCUCAGAGUCCACCACCUGCAGAGUAGCCCAGGAGCAGUGCUGUGUGGCGGUGCUGGAGGAUACCACCUGCACCAGCGGCAUCAACAUGGCGAAGGACCAGGGUGCCUGCGAGACGCUCCUCUCCCAGAGCCCCUGUGAGACCAAGACUGCCAAGAUGUGCUGUGACUGCUGCCUGCUGGGGAAGGCUGCUCAGGAGCUGGGGAUGGGCUGUGACAUCACCCUGUCCGUGGGGUACCAGUGUGGGCUGGUGUCCCGCGCCUGCUGCCUGGACGGCUUCCCCGAGGAACAGACCAAGGCCACUUCCGCUCCUGUUAAAGACGCCAAGUCACCCAGCGAUGGGGAGGACCCCCUCCUGAGUGACCAGUGCAAAGGAGCUGGGCAGUGUGCACAGCGUUGCCAGGGCAACGGCACCUGCAUCUGCUUCGAGGGGUACAAGCUGAAGCCGGACAGCCGCAGCUGUGAAGACAUUAAUGAGUGCCUGCUGGGGUCACACAGCUGCCGGCCGGGAGAGCGCUGCAUCAACACGGAUGGCUCGUACCGCUGCCAGCGCGAGGUCAGCUGCGGCACUGGGUAUGAGCUGACCGACAACAACAACUGCAAAGACAUCGAUGAGUGUGAGACGGGGACACACAACUGUGCGGCGGAGUUCGAGUGCCAGAACACGCUGGGCUCGUUCCGCUGCCGGCCGCGGGUGAAGUGUGGCGAGGGCUUCAUCCAAGACGCACUGGGCAAAUGCAUCGAUAUAAAUGAGUGUCUGAGCCAGACGGGGCCCUGCAAGCCCGGCCAGACCUGCAUCAACACUGUGGGCUCCUACACCUGCCACAAGAGCUCUGUCAACUGUGGGCGGGGCUAUCGCCUGAAUGAGGCCGGCACUCGCUGUGUGGAUGUGGAUGAGUGCAUGGGCACGGACGGGCCCUGCCAGGGACACACCUGCAUCAACCUGGUGGGGUCGUACCGCUGCGAGUGCCGCACUGGCUUCCUCUUCAACAGCAUCAGCAGGAUCUGCGAGGACAUUAACGAGUGCAGGCACUACCCUGGACGCCUCUGCGCACACAAGUGUGACAACGUGCUGGGGUCCUACCAGUGCAGCUGCAUGCCGGGCUUCAGGCUGGCCAGCGACGGCAGGAACUGUGAUGACGUGAAUGAGUGUGAGAGCAGUCCUUGCAGUCAGGAGUGUGCCAACGUGUACGGCUCCUACCAGUGCUACUGUCGCCGUGGAUACCAGCUCAGCGACGUGGAUGGGGUCACCUGCGAAGACAUCGACGAGUGCGCUCUGCCCACGGGGGGUCACAUCUGCUCCUACCGCUGCCACAACACCCCCGGCAGCUUCCACUGCACCUGUCCCUCCCCCGGGUACACCCUCGCCCCCAACGGACGCAGCUGCCAAGAUAUUGACGAGUGUGUGACAGGAACUCACAGCUGCUCGGAGGCGGAGUCCUGCUUUAAUGUGCAAGGGGGGUUCCGCUGCCUGGCUUUUGAGUGCCCCAACAAUUACCGCCGUUCCGGGGACGCUCGUUGCGAACGCUUGCCUUGCAAUCAGAGUAGUGAGUGCCUGGCCUUGCCUUUGAGAAUAACGCACUACCAGCUCACUUUCCCCACCAAUGUCCCCGUGCCCACCAGCAUCUUCCGCAUGGGCCCCUCAACCAUCGCCCCCGGCGACGACAUCCAGCUCGCCAUCAUCAGCGGCAACGAGGACGCCUUUUUCAGCACCCAGAGGCUGAGGUCUGGGGGCGUGGUCAUGGUGCAGAAGCCAAUCACAGAGCCCAGGGACUUCCUGCUUUCUGUGGAGCUCAAGCUGCUCCGCUAUGGGACUGUCAGCACCUACAUGGCCAAAAUCCGCAUCUUCGUCACCCACGACCCGUCCAGCAUCCCCAGCUACCUGUCCCCACUUUAAUCAGCUUCCCUGAGACACACUCCUGCCACUCUCCCUGCUUCUCAUGGGGUUUAUUAUUUUGUUAUUAGUGUUUGCUAGCCCUCAGAGAGACCACAGAUCCAAUAUUCAACACUGUGUUUAGUUUGAAAAUGGCCACUGGGUGGCGCCUUAGGGCAGUGUAAGACUUUGAGAUCACAUGAC